AUGGCUUACAAAUACAAAAAGCAAAUCUACGAAAAGUACAAAAGGGCGAAAGAAACUUUAGAUUAUGAACAUUACAAUGAAGAUGAUGGACGAUUGUAUGCGUCUCAUCAGUACUCUGAUGUUUUUCAUGGUUUGGUUGACAAGGACCAGGUUCUAGUAAUAGAUAUACUUACUCCAACAGAAGGCACAGUACAAGACAAGCCAAUGUUAAUUAAUAAUCAAGCAUAUGGGGAUUACAAUAUGCAUACUGAAGACUAUGACGAAAAAUCAUUGUUCGAUUGUGAUUUAAAGUACCGAUCGGAGGAGAAACUUCACUUUUUGGAAAGUGUAGGUCUAGUUGAAAUUGGAUCUCAGGUUCGUGAAAGCUACCGCCUCUAUCGUCCAAAACGUCACACAAGCGAACCUAGGGAUUAUAGAUGGCCGUUUUCUGAUAAACAUAACCCAUACUGCCACUCAGCCAAACAAGAAUCAAAGAAAAAGAAAUCGAGAAAAAAGCACCCGGAAAAGCAUUUUGAAAGCCAUUACAAACAGGAAUCCAAGAAAAAGAAAUUGAAAAAAAAUGACCCAGAAAAGUAUCUCGAUGGGCAGCGUGCGAAGUCCCACAACUAUGGGACGUCUAGAUACAAGAGGAAGUCAACAAAGAACUGUGUAACCAACGCUGGAUUGCCAAGAAAUUCUUAUGUUGGGGAGUGUAGACACAAAAGGCGUUCAGUUAGAGUUUCAGCAACAUCUUCAAUUGAUUAUGGUUCUCAAGUUAAAUCUGAUAUCACAGACAAAUACGUUAGACGAAAGGCGUCAGUUGCUGCGUGCCUAAAAAUGCGCAAACAAUUUCAGAACGACGAUGAGGAAGUUCUGGAAGACUGUCGUGAGCGAAACGAGCGUGAUCUCUCAACUCAAAAUGGUGCCGCUAUCGAGAAUGUUAAGAGACACGCUGCCAUUCUAGCUCGAAUGAAAAUCCGAACUCAAAAUGAAGACAAUCAUGUUAAUGAUGAUCUCUACAAAUACGCGAUUCAAAAUCAUUGCCUUGUUAAUUUUUACAAAUCUACUAAAUCAGCUCGAACACCGAAGAGGAAGCGAAAUUACGAAGAGAAGAAAUAUGAAGUUGACAAUAAAUCGGAUGCAACGUAUCAGCUUUGGACAAACAAAAAUCCUAAGAACGAAUUAAGCUUCACUAAGAUCCAGUUACAGAAAUCAACAAAGUCAGAAGAUCAUCCAACGAAAUAUCAAGAAUUAAACACUUUUGGACUGAAGGAAAAAAGUGUGAAAACACAACCAAUUGAUAAAGUAACACAAAGAAAUGUUAAAAAAUGUUUGAAAUCUGCGCGUGUUAAGGUUGUUCAAGAUGUGGUUGACGAAUGGCAACGGACAAAGGAGUCAACGCAAAGCUGUAAACAAAUAAAGACACCCGUUGACGUAAAACAAGCUGCUGCUGCUACUACCACUGUUCAACAUUUCACAACACCACGUCACCAAGAUCUAAAUGCACCCCUGCCGGACAUGUUGCUGACCAAUCUAAGGGAUUCGAACGUAUUUUCGAAAAAAAAUCAAGAAGAAAUGGGAAUCAACAAACAGAUGCACGAAACCAACAUAGCAAGUGAACGAAUUAAUUUGCAUAAUCAAGUUGUGAAGCCGAGAGAUUCUGUUGGUUUCUCUCUAAUUAAUAAUCAAAAUCAUUGUGACACAGCACACCCUAGGUGUCAGGACCUGAAUGAUGAAAUUAAAAUACCAAAAGAAUCUGUUGUUACUUCCUCACAGGUAGAUCAAUGCUCACGUGACGGUUUAAAUAUGCCAUACAUGGCGGCACUUUAUUACACAAGUUAUGGUAAUUCCAAAGAGUGGGCGCUAUCUACCAACAAUAAUGAGGGCGCUUUACCUGUACUACUUCCAUACGAUUCACAACCGUGUGCAUCAAACAAACUUGCUACCGGCGUAAUCUAUAACAAAAACGACGGUCACGCCGAACGUGAACUUCAUCGGAAGAGGUUUCAGGAAUUAAUUGAUUAUCAAGAACUGCCAGUUGGUUGAUAUCGAAUAAUGUACACAUUAAAAGGGAAAACAAUGCUUUAAUUGGUCAUUUAAAGUUCCGGUUUAAAACACCCAGUGUUAUGCGUUGCGCUCAACUAUGCAUGAGAAAAUCAUUUGACGUAUGUAAAUCUUUUAACUAUGAUAAUAUAAAUAAAAUUUGUGAUCUAAAUGAUGACGUAGAAUUUGGAAAUGAAGAACACAUGCAGAGCACGUCUGGAGUUAACUACUACGAGAUUAAGCUAAUCAUCCAUCGACACGGAGAACUGAUAGUAGCGAAGAAAUCUAUGACAUACACGCAGGCGUCUAACGAAUGUGCUCAACUUAAAGCUUCAUUGGCUUAUUACGAGGAGCUGAUUGCUGUUGUCGAGAAAGGCGUGGACGUUCCUUGUUUGCAAGGUUGGUUGUGGAACGGGGAGAUCGCAUUUACAGAAAUCGAUGGAUCCUGCGAUUUGAAACCUGCAGCUUCUAGAUGUAAUGUUUUUCCCGAGCGCACCUCGCUCUACCCGGGUGGCUAUUGCUCGAUUGUCGAAAGUCCAAGUUAUGAUGAGUACAGGCUACUUCGGUUAACUGGAGAUGCAGUUGAAAAGCUUACGUACGAGCGGGCAUCGAAUCGUUGUCGAGAGGAAUUUGGAGGCCAUCUUGCAGGACCAAUGGAGAUAGUAAACGUUAGCAAAUCUGGAGUUAAUAGAACCUGUGAUCGGACGUGGAUUGCAAACGGGCUACUAUGGUCGCCUAACAAGCCAUCACCUGAUUGUUGGUCAGAACUUGAAAAGGGAAACCAACUCUGGAUUCCAGAUCAUACUGAUAAGACCGAAGAAAACGCUUUCUGUUUCCAGCCUCCGAUUGGAUAUGUGGAACCUGACCAUUGGCCCACGCACCGUGUUUUUAACGUCCGAGGUGGCAGCAGUACAUCGUCUUUACUGAACUAUGAGGAGGCAUGCAUGCGCUGUCAUGACGCAGGCGCGUCUAUGGCAAAUUAUUCUCAACUCGAAGCAGCAAGAAUAAGUGGUUAUGGCAUGUGCCACCGAGGGUGGAUUAAAGGGGGAAUUACCGCUUACCCCUCUACUACGCAGCGGCCAGGUUGUGAUAAUAUCACUGGCAUAGUUACAACUCAUAAAGACAAUGUAACAUCAGGUUACUGCUAUAUCUCUAACACUGAAAUUAUUUUGUCUGAUUUAGAUUGUGAGAUAAAAUAAUAGACUAAAAUUUGCUACAAAUGGAAUGAAAAUCAGAAACAAUUGAUUCAUUUUGUUGUCAUCAUCAUUAUCAUCAUCAUCAUUAGUAUUUUCAUUUGUAUACUUCUUUAAUAAUCCGUGUAGACGAAUAGACUCAAUGUUCAUUCAAAUGUUUAUUUUGACAUUUUCAGAGCCAUAGAUUUAAAAUCCAAACCAGAAUAUUGUUCUUAAUCCAUAAAAUGGACAUCAUUAUAGACCCACUGUGUGUUAUUAUUUCAUAUAAAAGCUGAUCUUGUCAAUUUUGACCCUUAAUUUAUUGGAUUUUCACCCGUGUAUUUUUAUAUUCAAGUCCAAUUGAUUUCUUAGUCAUUACACUAUACACAUGCUGAUGUAUCUGUUAUUAGCAGUUGAAUCAUGAAAUAAUAUGGACUACUGCAUAGAAUUUGUGUUGUUUUAAUUGACUUUAAUUAGAUUUUAUAUAAAAAAAUAUAUUGUUUUUGCAUAUAGUAAUUCGUUCUUUUGAUCAUUUUGCUAUAAAAUUAUAAACAAUCUAUGUCAUCAUUGUAAGACUAAGUGCCUAGAACCCAUGUUAAGGGGACAAUUUCAAAAUGUUUGGCCAUUGCCCCAUAAACAGGGGUUCUUCUAUUCAGAGUACACGCCUAUAUUAAGAGGACACUUUGGUGGUCCUGAAGGUUUAAGUCCACUAAAUAGGAAUUCUGUUUUUUAAUAUAGGGUAAUUGCUUAAAUAAUCUUUAAUCUUGUUCAUAAAACAACCAAGUGUAGUUCGGUCAGAAUACAUCUUGCGAAGUCAUUCUGCUAGCCAUUUAAACAUUACAUGUACUCCAGCCGCUUUUCUCCAAAGCGUAUUGUACCUAAUAAACGUGCACGGGACACACGGCUUAAAUAUUUAGGGUGUGGUUAUGCAGCACUGUGUUCAUACGUUGUUUAGUCAGCCCUAGCAGACUUCUUAAUCGGGACCGAAUACUAUGAGAGUCUACACCUCCCCGAGCCCCAUGAUUGGGGCUGAGCUAUGGUGAAAAAAUAAAAAGUGUCUGUAAACUGUAAUAGUACUCUUAAUUUGACGUUGUAAAUUCGUUUAUACAAAUGAGUUUUUGUGAAACUAUGUAAACAAGAUAGCGGAUGGGGGCAGGUUUUAAAUUAGGAUUUUCAACACCCAUUUCAGAAUUUGAGUAUACAUAGCUAACCUAAUUUAGAAUUAAAAUAAUAAUAAAUAAAAAUUGUCAACACCAAAUGAAGUAAGAAAAAAGAAAGACUGAUUUUGUGUAUAAGUAUCUGUUCUGCAUUUGCCAACUUGUAAUCAUUUACGCUGAUGAAGUCUUGAGGACAAGACGAAAUAUUAGUUUCCCGAAUAAAAUAGUUUGUGUUC